AUGGCUGGCAACAAUGAGAAUGAGAUCCUGCACGAGGUCCAGGUAGUGCCGAACGAGGACGACAAGGAAGACGUCAAGAGGUCCCAUCCCUCACACUUCACAAUGGCCGACAUAAACGACGACAGCAUAGUCGAGGACUCGCCCGCCAACCCCGGCGCCGAUGUCGAGAUGGCCGAGGGCCUGGGCGAGGACGACACAACCGCAGUGGCCGGCCGCUCCGAGAUCCUAAACGAGGGCGAGGGCGAGGAGGAGCCGGCUCCUGAGCGUACAUCCUUCAUCAGCUACCUCACAAGCCCCGUUGUCACCCUGAUUGUCGGCGCCGGCGAGAACGAGACCAUCUUAACGGCACACCAAGCUCUGCUCGUCCUCAGCCCGUUCUUCAAGGAUGCAUGCGCUCAGUUCAGCGACGAUGGCAGCCCCCGCCAGAUCGAGCUCCCUCAAGACGACAUGGAUGCGGUCGGCUGCUUCCUAGAAUACCUCUACACCGGCGACUACUUCCCCAAGAAGGUACCCGGCCAGCGCACCCUCGAGACCGACCCGUCCAUCCCCAAGGUCGACGAGUCCGGCGAGCAGCUGCUCAAGCACGCCCGCGUCUACACCCUGGCCGAGAAGUUCCAGGUCCCCAACCUGCGCACUCUCGCCUCCUCCAAGAUCCACUGCGUCAACUCCACCGCCAAGGGCGAGAUCGCCUACGCCCGCUACGUAUACGCCUACACCUCCGAGGCAGACUCGACGGUCCGCGCGCCCGUCGCCAAUUUCUGGGCUAACCGCUCACACACCCUGCGCGCCGAGGCCGAGCCGGAAUUCAAGGCCCUAUGCUUGGAGUACCCUCAGUUCGGUUACGAUGUCCUCACGCGCGUCCUCGACGACAAGCUCAAGCGCGAGAGCAACGCCAAGAUGCACCCUGCCAGUGGCAGCGUCCGCAAGCGACCCCGUCACAGCAGCAAUGCUUAA